AGCCGUUUGCCGAUGACACAAAUCUUGUGAUCAUUAAGUACCGGUUUUCAAAAAAUUCUUUUGCUGUCGGCUGUCGCGAUUUUUCUUGUCGUGGACCCGAAUAAAAAAAGUCUUUUAAGUAUCACAUUCUUCUUAACAGGAAACAGAAAUGAACGAUAUUUUUAACUGGUCAACGAAUGUUUUGGUCAAACCAUUGAUAAUUAGACGAUGAUUGGGCAAAUACCACACAACGGGACUUCGAAGAGGUGAAAUUCGUUGUUUACAACAUUAUUGGAUCACACUGAAGCAUUUUCCCUGAGAAUUGAUAAAAGUAAACUCGCUGAACAUCGACGGUCACCACAGAGAACAAAUAUAACUUGUUUCUUCCUUCUUGCUGCAAGGUUCACUUUUAUGAAAUGUUCUCGCAACUUCGCUGAGGAAGCAGCGACGUCCUCAUGAACUCAAGACUCAAGUAGGAAUUUCGCUUCACAGCAUUAUAAACUAUAACUCAAGAGGAAAGAUUCUAAGUGCCUUUAACGAUGUCCUCCUGUUCGCAAAUCCUCCUAUCUCUGGCCUGUUUUACAGUCGUGACUGUCCACAUCAGUUUUUUUGUCGAGGGAGUAGAUGAAUGCAAAACUGGAUUAAAGUCGUGCCCAUAUUACUCGGAUUGCAUGGACACAGAUUUAAAUAUGAAUGGAACUGCAACAUGCAGCUGUAAGAAGGGUUUUACAGGAAAUGGAACAGUGUGUUACGACAUAAACGAAUGCGAAAACAAGACCCACGAGGCUUGCCCUGGUGAAGGAUUUCAGUGUGAAAAUAUUCAUGGUGGUUUCAAGUGUUUCUGCAAAAGAAACUAUGUGAAUGUUAAUAAUACUUGUGUAGCUGUUGACGACUGUAUACAACGUGAAAUAUGUCACAAAGAUGCAAAAUGCAUCGUCACUGGAGGGAACUUUAGCUGCAUGUGUAAAUCUGGCUACUCGGGCGAUGGAACUUAUAAUUGUACAGAUAUCAAUGAAUGCGAAGGUAGCCAUGGUUGUCAUUCAAAUUCUUUUUGUGAAAAUACCCCUGGAUCUUACGAAUGUUUUUGUAAAUUAAAAGUUGCUCGUGGAGAGAGUUGUGAAGGUAAUCCCGGCUGUCCAACCUCCAAACCAAUGCCUAUCCCAAGUACAACUGCCCAAACGAGACCCGUGCCUAACCCAAGUACAACUGCCCAAACAAGACCUGUUUCUACCCAAAGUGUGACCAAUCCAGAUGGGCAAAAGGGUGAUUGCAAAGUUGACGAUGACGACAAUGAUGAUACUGUGAUCGUGCUGGUUGCCGUUACCAUCGCAUUGCUGGCUCUGUGUUUAAUUGCAUUGAUCGCUGUCAUUAUUUGUGUAUACAGAAUGAAAAAGGAACAAUAAUUGCGCUGGGUUGAAACUACUUAAGUGACAAUUUCAAAACCUUCUAUUUAUGAACUGAAUGGAAUUGACAUUUCUAAUUUCAACAUGGUCAGAAAUACAUAUGCAUUUUCAAAAUCAACUGGCAAUGAUUAUAUUGCACUAUUCAUUUCAUUUAACUUUGCAGUCGCAUAUUAGUCGCAUAACAAAUAAUUUGUGAUAGUGGGGUUUUGAUUAUUUAUAGUGUGAUCUUGCGGUGUCCUCCUAUUUUUUGUCUCAUUCAGCACCCUAUGGAUUUGAUAAAUAACUAUUUGCUCACAAGAGGCCAUGUAAUAUUAA